GUAUCAGACGAAGGGUCGCGUCACGCGCUAAUAGUGAAUUGUUUUGAGAGUUGCCAGUGGAGUCCAGCAUUCUUGCUUUGCCCUUCUUUUCAUUACAUGCUUUCCACCUACGUGAAAGAAAUGGGCUUCACCGUUUCUCGACCACACCACCUCAACCUCGUGGCUUGGCUCAUCUCCAGAUGUGAAAGAAUCGGCUUCAUCUUUCUUGGAAGACUCAAGAAUUCAGCCUUCUGACUUUUGCUUCAACAAGCGGUGUCUUCACGUCAUGAACCCGAACAACAAUGUUGCAGAGGGCACGCUGCCUCCAGUAGCCCGCGCAUAUCAGGACUGGCUCAACAAGUACGCGCUAGAGAUGAAGCAACCUGAGAUCAAUGAAUGCCAUUUCAUACUGAGGAAGCUGGCUACUACGAGUGGCCCCCCGAAACCAAAUCUGAGCCUCCACCCGAUCUGGAAACACUACAUGACUGACAAAGAUGGUGAUAUUGUCUGGGGUGUGUUUUAUGCGCUACGCCUCCUAUACAUCGACAAGCGAUCGGAGCUGCGUGGCUCAGGCGACUUUGAGGUAGGCAACCGUCAGAUUGCUGAAAAAAGGUUGUUGCAGAGCCCACUGGCCCGCAAGAUCAAAGAGAGAUAUCCCAAUGUCAAUCUGAGAGAGGCAGUCUGGCCUGGACCUGCACCACCACGCCCAGAGUCGUGGGACAUUUCUCAAAACCAGUCAGUGUCGCCGCAAAAAUCACAGAAGCGCAAGCACCGAGUGAUUUCCGAUAGCGACGACGAGCACCACGAUGAACCAGGAUAUCCAGUACAGUCAGAUAUACCGUCCCAGGAAGAAGCGCCGGCUAGAGCGCGACUGCUUCCAAAGAGGAAGUCAGGAAACCGCCGAGUGAGCUACGACCCAAAGGAGUUCUUUGCCGGAUUGGACCUUGGCGGUGAUUGUAAUGCAGCACCGACAAAGCCGAAAAAAGAAUCAAUCAAACCAGAAGGCCACCUCAAGUUGGAAGCCAAGAGCUCCCAGCUUUCAACUACUCUGUCUCUUAGACCACCGACCGCUCAAGCCAAGAAGCAGAGCACUUCCACGGCCAACGGGACAGAGAAUACACAGAUCCCAGCUGAUGAACGAACCGUUUCACGACAAGUCGUGGCCGAGCAGGAUGCAGCUCAGCCAGCAAAUGAGUCUGAAAGCACAUCUCAACUCAAUGCCCGCAUUCAAGACCUUGAAACGGAGAUCGACUCACUCCGCCGGCGCAUGGAGAACCAAGUCAAGAUCGCCAAGGAUGCUUUGGCACGAGAAGAGAAGGCGAUCAAAGCAAACAGAGAGCUCUACGCGUGCUUGGAGCCUCUGCGUGUCCAGGAACCCCCGACUCCCGUUGGAGUGUCUGAGGACGUUGCAUCCCUUGUCGAACGAAUGGUUGCUCAACAGAUCGAGAACAUGAGGAACCGAUGAGUAUGCAGUUCGGA